CUGCCUCCCCCCACACUUCACGCCUGCCCUCCCCCGAGCCCGGCCAGUGCCCGCUGCGUGAGGUGAGAAUGAGCUGGCUGAGCAAGCUGAAUCCGAGACACACGGGGAGCAAGGCAAGCCGUGCCACAGGGCAGCCCACCCCCGUCACCGCUGACCCAGAGACCUGCCUCAUGGUGUUCAAGAACCACUGGGCACAGGUGAGCCGCAUCCUGGAGCGGCGCGACCCGCGGACGGCAGACGAUGGCAGCGCCGUGCGCAACUACGCCGACCAGAUGAUGUACCUGCUGGUGGAGGAGCGGCCGCGGGAGGACACGGGCAUCGGACCCAUCCUGGAGAUGGUGAUGCUGGAGGACGUGCUGGACCGGCUGCUGUGCUGGCACCUCCGCGGGCAGCUGGACGACGACAGGAAGAUCGAGCAGCUGAAGCUCUUCGACCUGCUGGUCAGCCAGUCGCAGCAGCCCCUGCUGAGGCACAAGCCCGUGCUCAACCCCCUGAUGCGGCUGCUGGCCGUGUGCGUGGAGCCACGCUCGCCCGCCCUGGAGGGCAGCCUGGUGCUGCUCCUCAACCAGGUGUGCGUGUCCCUCUCCGCCGAGCCCUCCAUCCUGGAGCUCUUCUUCCACGCCCAGACCGACCAGGGCCCCGCCAACCUCCUCGUCUUCUCCAUCCUCAUCCCCUUCAUCCACCGCGAAGGCCCCAUCGGCCAGCAGGCCCGCGACGCCCUGCUCCUCAUCAUGGCCAUCUCGGCCGAGAACACCAUUGUGGGACGUUACAUCGCCAACAACUCCUACUUCUGCCCCGUGCUGGCCACGGGGCUGAGUGCACUUUACUCCUCACUGCCUCGCAAGAUCGAGGUGCGGGGAGACGACUGGCAUGCCCUGCGGCGCGAGGACUGGAUGGGGGUCUCCUCCAUCACCAUGUUCAUGAACUCGCUGGAAUUCUGCAACGCAGUCAUCCAGGUUGCUCAUCCUCUGGUCCGUAACCAGCUGGUGGAGUACGUGCACAAUGGAUUCCUGGUGCCAGUCAUGGGCCCUGCACUCCAUAAGACCUCCAUCGAGGAGAUGAUUGCCAGCACGGCGUACCUGGACCUCUUCCUGCGCACGGUCACAGAGGUGGCUCUGCUGAAAACCUUCCUGCGGUUCAUCGUGCUGCACCGGCACGAGAACAUCACCAUCCUCGACACGCUCAUCAGCCGCAUCAGCAGCAACUCCAGGCUCUGCAUGGUCUCCCUCAGUCUGUUCCGGACCCUGCUCACACUCAACUGUGAGGACAUCUUGCUGCAACUCGUUCUCAGGUACCUGAUCCCCUGCAGCCACGUGAUGCUGAGCCAGCGCAGUGCGGGUGAAGGAGCAGGACCUGUACGGGGGAAGACGGCCGACAAGUUCCUGUCCCUCAUCCCCGACUGCUGCAAACCCCACAACCUGGCCUGUCCCGAGCGUGAGGAGGAGCACGCCGUCUGGUCCAAAGCUCAUGGCAGCCCCAGCAUCGACAGCUCGACAGUAACGGCAGCGGUGCCCAAGCCGGCCACGCCCAGCCGCAUCUCGCUGUUUGCGCGGCAGCAGAGUUCGGGCCCGGAGGGGGCCAACGUGCCGCGGUCCCCGGGGGGGCCCCCGGGAGAGCCGGCCCCCUGCAGCCCCUCCCACGGGCGCUGGGAGGAGGUGGGCGAGCUGGACUGCAACUACCUGCAGUACCUGCGUGAUGCCCGGAUGCACAUUGACCGCUGCGUGUGGGCCUGCAGCCAGUGGUCAGCCCCCUACGAUGGCUGCCAGCCCCACCCUGGCUCGGCGCUGCCCCCCCCCGCCGACAUCGACACCGUCCACCUGCGCAUGGACCACUUUGGCCCCGAGCGGCCGCGCUCCGGGCCGGAACUGCCCACCACGGACAGCGGGCAGGGGCAGGGGCAGCGGCUGGAGAACGGGCAGUGUGACGGGCCACCGGAGGUGACUGCCACCAACCCACACAGCAAGAAGAGGGGCCUGCGGAGAGGGAGGGAGGGCCGGGAGCGGGGGCCGGUGGAUGACCCCCUCUCCGGCCGCGGUGAACACGCGGCCCUGCUGAACGGGGUGGGCGAGGAGGAGAGGGGCUCGCUGCCCGCCGCUGCCCGGGAACACCCAGACACCUGCCUGCUGGUCAAGAAGGUGCGGAGGAACGGGCCCGAGAGGAGCGGCCCCCGCAGGGAGGGUCCCGGGGCCCGGGGAGGGGCCGGAGAAGCCCCCGACGGACCGGCCGCUGGUCCCGGCAACCCGGCGGGCAGCGAGUCCGUGGACAGGCUGAUCGACGAGCUGCUGGACAGAGCUCCGGCCGAAGGUAACGGCAGGAGUCUGAACGUGGAGAGGUUCUCGCAGGAGCUGCUGGAGAUGGAGGCACGCAUUGGCAGCUGGACGCGGGCAGACCAGGGUGUCGCGGGCACCGAGGAGGUGGCAGAGGAGGAGGCAGAGGAGGAGGGGAGCGCGAGGACGACAGGCCCACCCAACACCGGGCUGAGGAGUGCCAACCUCCCGCCAGCUUGGCCAGGGUGGAACCCAGGGUGCCCAUCAGUGGGCAGCUGGUCGUUCAUUGCUGUGUUGUUCACCAAGCUGGAGAACAUGUUACAGAACUCGCUGUAUGUCAACUUCCUGCUGACGGGGAUCAUUGCCCAGCUGGCCUGCCACCCCCAGCCCCUCCUGCGUUCCUUCUUGCUCAACACCAACAUGGUCUUCCAGCCCAGCGUCAAGUCUCUCAUCCAGGUGCUCGGGACGGUGAAGAACAAGAUUGAGGUGUUUGCUGCCUCUCAGCACGACUUCCCCACCAUGCUGUACAAAGCCCGCAAAUAACUCAUCGCCCGGGGCAAGCUGGACUGGUCCGAGUCGCCCAACUCUGUACCCCCACUACGUCGGUCCGAGAGCCUCGUGCGGAGCCGCAAGCCGUCACUGGGCGAGCUGAUCUUGCGCCACACCAACAGCCCGACGCGGGCGCGCCAGGCGGCACAGCUGGCGUUACAACAUGUCCGGGAGGGGCAGCUCCUCCACUCGCUCACCGGCAGCUCCAUCUUCAAGGGCUCGGCCGAGAAACAGAACGAGGCGCUGCGGGUGAAGAACGCCGUCUACUGCUCGCUCAUCUUCUCCGAGUUCCUGAAGGAGCUGGCUGCCAUUGCCCAGGAGCACGCCGUCACCUCCCCCUUCCUGCUGAUCGACCGCGAGCACUGAGUGAGGGAGCGCGCGCGGGGUUGACACAAUGCCCAACUCCUCCCACAGUGAGGGAGAGCGCAGGGUUGACAGAUGCCCUCCCUGCCCCACAGUGAGGGAGCGUGGGAUACACAGACACCUCCCCCUUGGUGCUCCC